AUUGUUUUUUAAAACCUUUUCGUUUACGUCGUCGCAUCGGUUAAACUCGUAACAGAUGUGUGUUUCUGUAUUUUUUUCUUUCGUAUUAGAAAAUUAAUCGCAAAAAUAAAGAAGAUAAAUACAUUUUUGAAUUUUCGAAACAUAUUGCAUCACAUAAAAUAUUUUAAAUAAAUUAGACAAUAAGUGAUAAAUACAAAUAAAAAUGACAUCCGGAGAAAAUUGUACUGACGAAGAGUGUAGUUGUUCUCCUAAUUUUUAUUACGACAGUUUCCAAGGGAACUGUACAUCAUGUCCAGGUUUCAAUCAACCAUGUUUUUUCGAAGCCUGCUGUGCAUCAGAUUACCUUGUCUGUUACAAAGGAUUUUGUCAGUGUCAAAAUGGGAUUAAUUCAAUAUCGUGCAGCUAUAUAGGACCAACAAAUCCAUUCUAUUUCACUGCAUCACAGAUUGCUCUCUCUGCCGCCUUGAUAAUGGGAAUGGCAGCUUUGUCAAUGGUUGUGUAUAGGCUUUGUACAAAACCAAGAUAUUUAAGUGCACGACAAAGAGCUUUAGCUUCACAAAUGGGAUUAAAUAUGGAAAAUGAAAAUUUAAGUUACGCCAAUUAUUUACGAGCCUCACUUACAUCUAUGCAGAUACGAGUUUUAUCGCGAAUGCGUGAUAGACCACCAACAUAUGAUAAUCGACCAACACCGGCAGUCCCACUGGAGGCACCUCCGCCAUAUGAAGGCAAUUCAGAGGGAAUUGCAUUGCCACCACCUUAUAUGGAAGUGUUAGUCAACUCUAAUGGGUAUACAAAUUCAACAUUUAUUGAUCCUGAACCUGGUGGUGUUAACAGUAGAAACACCGUUUGUCCAAAUUGUGAUAACAACCAACAUCGAAUUGAAAGUGAUUGUGAUAAAAAUGAAACUCGUGAAGAAAACCACAUUCGUGUGUAGCUAGUAUACUAAGUUUAAUUUAAUGUUCUCUAUAAUGUUGUUCCAAGUUGAAAUAAAAAUAAACUAAACGUUUUUGUAAAUU